UUUAAAAAACAAAGUUCUUAUCUCGUGCGCCCUGAGGUCAAUUCACUGAGCUUGGAUUGCACUUUCUCCCAGUUGAUUUCCAGCUUUCUCCAGUUGAUCCUCUUAUUGUUGUUGUUCUUGUUGUUGAGUUCAUCUUUCUGCUGAAAUCAUGGUGUACUUUGUUGGAGUGGACGUUGGAACGGGAAGCGUCAGAGCGGCUUUGGUCGAUGCAACAGGAACAAUCAGAAAGACGUCGGUGAAGGAGAUCAAAAUCUGGAACGACCUCGUCGAUCAUUACGAGCAAUCGUCUGAAGACAUCUGGUCGUGUUGCGUGCGAUGCGUCAAGGAUGUUUGCAAAGAUGUAGACCCUGAGCUGAUCAGAGGUAUCGGUUUCGAUGCCACCUGCUCUCUAGUUGCCAUCGAUGUUAACGAGGAACCGCUCUCUAUCAGCGUUUCAGGCAGAGAUGAGCAGAACGUUAUGAUGUGGCUGGACCAUCGGGCUCAGGCGGAGGCCAAGUUUGUAAGCGGUUUGAAGCACGACGUUCUCAAGUAUACGGGCGGAUCUAUAUCGUUGGAAAUGCAAACGCCGAAGCUGCUGUGGCUCAAGAAACAUCUGAAGGAGCAAUGGGAUAAGAGCAGGUGGUUCUUCGAUCUGCCGGAUUUCCUCACAUGGAAAGCGACCGGUUGCGAUUCCAGAUCGCUGUGCUCUUUAGUUUGCAAGUGGACGUACAACGGGCGUGAUUCGAGAUGGGAGCGAUCGUAUUUCGAGCAGAUCGGAUUAGAGGAUCUGCUGUUGAAGGACGCAUGUAAGAUUGGAGGAAAUGUUAAUUCGCCUGGUAAACCGAUCGGCGAUGGGUUGAGUCGUCGCGCCGCCGAAGAGUUCAAUCUGCUGCCGGGAACUGCGGUCGGAGCGAGCAUCAUAGACGCCCACGCCGGAGGAUUAGCGUUGCUCGGAUGUUCCGUUGCCAAUAUCGACGAAUCGUUCGAAUCGCGGAUGGCUUUGAUCUGCGGAACUUCGACCUGUCACAUGGUGGUCAGCGAGGGCCCGGUCUACGCUGCGGGCAUCUGGGGUCCGUACUACGGGGCGAUGGUUCCGGGACUCUGGUUGAACGAAGGCGGGCAGAGCGUUACGGGGAAACUCGUAGAUCACAUCAUCGAAACGCAUCCGGCAACAGCAAACAUCAGGAGGAAACUGCGCGACGGUCAGCACGUCCAGCACUACCUCAACUCGCUUCUGGUAACCAUGGCAGCAGAAGGUAACCACGACGACAUCUGUUAUUUGAGCGAAGACAUCCACGUCUGGCCCGAUUUCCAUGGAAACCGCUCACCGAUAGCCGAUCCCACAUUAAAAGGAGCUAUUUGCGGUUUAACUCUUUCCACAACGGAGAAGAGCUUGGCCCUCUUGUACCUGGCAACUUUGCAAGCGCUUUGCUACGGUACCAGACACAUAUUGGAGUCUCUGAAGAGUUCUGGUAACGCUUCCAUCGAAUCGAUCCUCAUCUGCGGCGGAUUGAGCAGGAACGAUCUGUUCAGAAGAACUCAAGCCGACGUCCUCGGUCUGCCCGUCGUCUGUCCCGAAGAGAAGGAAUCGGUGCUUCUCGGUGCGGCGAUCCUCGGUGCGGCCGCCGCUCAGCAUUUCCCCACAAUCGUUGAAGCCAUGAAGAUGAUGGGCGGUAAAGGAAUCGCGGCGUAUCCAAACGAUGCUCUCAAAGCUUACCACGACAAGAAGUACAGAGUAUUCUUGAAGAUGCUGGAACAUCAAAAUUUGUAUAGAAGCAUCAUGAAAACAUAGUCUUUACAUUUUAUUUAAUUACUCGAUGAUCAAACAUGCCAAUUAGAUUAUCCGAUACGCAAAUUAAAGAUAAAACUAUGACUUUAUCAACAUUUCUGUAAAAAGUUUUCAAAG